CAGCAGUACUUCGGCCCUUUUUAAACCCGAUCCUGUGGCGUCGGCCCGUUCUUCGUUCUUACAGCUGUGUAAGUAAACAGGAUACUCAAUUGGGAAGCCCUAGCGCACCAAAAUGGCAGUGUAACGGCGUGCGGCAGCGAACCUUGCAGCGGCAACAACCUGGCAGUGCAACGGCUAAGUGCACUGGCUUUUUCUGGCAAAAUGGCGUCUCUCCCGGCAACCACCCUCAGCUUUGCUGCCGUCGACAGCAUCACCGGACCUCUCGACUCACCUUUGUUUUUGUACACCUUUUCGCGGCUACCACUGACCAGCAGCAGCCAUGACACUCUCCCAGCUCGCCUUGGAGGACGUGGAGGCCCUGUACUUAGGGCCCUCAUAUCUGAUGGCUGACCCCAUGGGGCCCCUUCUGGACCAAGAUGAAGAAGAAGCUCUUUCUCCCUCCUCCUCUCUAGAGGGGAAGGCGCCAGCUUCGCCCUCCCUCUCUUUGUCCGCUUACCCAUCCUCCUUAUCCCCUUAUCAGACUGUAUCUUUCUCCCCGCUGUCUUUAGCCUCUCCACCUCCCUCUCCUCCUCCCACCCAUUCCUCCUUGUUCCUGGGAACCAAGGCCAGAGCGGACUCACUGUCCUUCUCCUCUCUGGUUGAUGACAACCUGCUCGACGCCCACGUUGGAGCAGAUGAUGGCAAAGCAGAUGAUGAUCCGUUUGCUGGCAUGGACUGGAUGUCAGAGAAAAUCGACCUGAGUGAAUUUGACCUGGAGUCUCUCAUUGGAUCCUGUUCAUCUGAUGAGUCUCCCAGCUCCCCCGAAGAUCUCCUGGCCUCUCUUGACUCCUCCAUGGAGCUUGAUCUAGACCCCUUUGACACAGUCCCACACAGCAGCCUUGAGUUGGGUAUUCCACUGCCUGACAUUCCCACCCUCCCUCUGGAGCUCCCUCUCCCCAUGACAGCUGAGCCCAAGAAGACAGAGGUUGCUCUUGCUCAGGAGGUUAAGUCUGAGCCUCCCUCUCCCUCUCCAUCUCCAGUCUACACAUUAGAGUUAGGAAGCGAAGUAGAUGUCCUGGAUGCUGACAAAUCAGCCACAUCCGUCACCAUCUUCCCAGACCCCAGUGGAAGCAUUCAGGCUGCUCCCAUUGUGCUUUCCAUACCCACUGCAGGACACUUUGUGGUGGUGCUUGCCAACAAAGAGGAGCCCUCCCUCGUGUCUCUCCAUGGUGAAGCUGUUAAAGUCUCUCCACCAAGCGAAUGCGACAGUGACUCCGGCAUUGAGUCAGUCAUCGGCUCACCUCCUCGCCUUCCUUCUCCCCUUCCUACCCCAACCCCUGCAGCUGGUUCCUCCAGGACCAAACCCUACUCUAAAUCAGAAACCACCACCUCCCCCAAAGCCUCCAAGGUUAAAUCAGUGUCUGGUGCUCCCAAAGGGGUGGAGAAAAAGCUGAAGAAGAUGGAGCAGAACAAGACGGCAGCCACGCGCUACAGGCAGAAGAAGAGGGUUGAGCAGGAGGAACUUGGCAAAGAGUGUGAAGAGCUGGAGAAGAAGAACCAUGAGCUGACGGAAAAAGCAGAGUCCAUCAGCAGAGAGAUCCAGUACCUCAAAGACCUGAUGGAAGAAGUUCGAAAGCACCGCCGUGGAAAGACCAACUCAGUAGCUUAAACAGAAAGUAGUGACAGGGCAGCGUUUCUACUUUAGUGCUCACAUGCUAUAAGGGAAUCCAAACUAGUAUUAGAAAAAUAUUGUAAAAGAUCUGUGUGUGAUGAACACAUGAAAGUUGAGAUUAAUAGUGUAGAUUGGGGGGCUGGGAGUCUGUUAGGUGGAGCAUCAGUACAUGCUUGUCUCUCAGUCCCUUCUUCCACUUACAGCAGGGUGUAAGUUUGUAGACUAGGCAUGCAAAGCACAAGUCACCGUAGCUCCUGGUAGUGUUGUAGAUGUGUAACUCACUGACAGAUUCCCUCAUAAUCCUGCACCCCUUCAUUGCCAGACCUCAGAUGAGCUUAAAUCAAUUUAGUCAGUAAAAUGAAAUACAGCUUCUACCCUGUUCCCACUACCUUUUAACCCUUUGUAACCCCAUUUGACCUUCUUCUUAACAGCUUCACGUCCAGAAAGGGGCCUCAGACUAUUUAUAUGAAUUACUGAUACUGUUGAGUUAUGUAUAUAGUUUCUCCUCCUUUGCUUGCAGAUUGUGGCUUUUGUUAUUUUUUUUUUUUUCUUGGGAUAAAAGCUUUAUCAGAUUUUCAGUUGCUCUGUCUCCUGGCACUGGUGUUUGGCUUGUAAAAAAAUGCUUUGCUGGUCUUUUUUUUUUUUCCUAUUAAAGUACUCUGUAAUCAAG